AUGACUGGCACCGGCGAUGCUGGUUUCGCGGCCCCCGCUCCUGGUGAGCCCUCUGCUGCUCCUGUUCCUCAGCAGGGCGCCGAUGGCAAGACCACCCUCUGGAUGGGUGAGCUUGAGCCUUGGAUCGACGAGAACUUCAUCCGUAACCUUUGGUUCCAGAUGGGUGAGCAGGUCAACGUCAAGAUGAUCCGUGACAAAUUCUCUGGGAGCAACGCUGGUUACUGCUUUGUCGACUUCUCUUCCCCAGCCGCUGCCGCUAAGGCCCUUUCUUUGAACGGCACCCCCAUGCCCAACACCAACCGUGUGUUCAAGCUGAACUGGGCGACUGGUGGUGGUCUCGCUGACCGCAGCCGUGAUGACCGCGGCCCUGAGUAUUCCAUCUUCGUCGGUGAUCUCGGUCCAGAGGUUAACGAAUAUGUGCUUGUUUCCCUUUUCCAAAGCCGUUUCCCGUCUUGCAAGUCUGCCAAGAUCAUGACCGACCCCAUCAGCGGCAUGUCUCGCGGCUACGGCUUCGUCCGUUUCUCCGACGAGAACGACCAGCAGCGUGCUCUUACUGAGAUGCAGGGUGUCUACUGUGGUAACCGCCCCAUGCGUAUCUCCACCGCCACCCCCAAGAAUAAGGGUCCUGGUCCCAUGAACCAGUUCACUGACCCCAACAACACCACCGUGUUCGUCGGCGGCCUUUCUGGCUACGUCACCGAGGAUGAGCUGCGUUCGUUCUUCCAGGGCUUCGGUGAGAUCACCUACGUCAAGAUCCCCCCCGGGAAGGGAUGCGGCUUCGUCCAGUUCGUUCAGCGCCACGCCGCCGAGAUGGCCAUCAACCAGAUGCAGGGAUACCCUAUCGGCAACUCUCGUGUUCGCCUGAGCUGGGGCCGCUCUCAGAACAACUCCGGCCCUGCUGGCAGCCCGUACCGUCCAGCCCCUCCCCCUCCUCCCAUGUACCCCUCCAUGGGCAUGCCCCCAGCCGCUCAGCAUUACGGCGGAUUUGCCCCGAUGAAGGUUAGCAGUCACCCCGGCAGCCCGGCACCAGAACACUAG